AUCAAGAGACAGAUCUCAAUAAAAUAUUAAAUCAGGAAAGAACCUACUCACUACUGUAGACUUACAGCAAGGGGCUUGCGAAUGCAUAUUUCCCCCAAAUGAAUAAUAACUCCCCUUCUUUCUAUCUACACAGUGCCACUGGGCGACAUUCUCCAAAACCAGACUAUUAGAUUUCGGAUGCACACUGACAAUACCAAGCCAAGCCUCACCGCCAUCUCUUUCAACUCCUAUGCUGUUGCUAAAUUAUCAGAUUGCAAAUCCAUCAUUUAGUGCUAGGUCAACAGCGGUGCCACGCACACACCAACAAGAGACAACCCAUGCCAAUGUGAUGAUGACCCAAAGCCAAAUCCAGGGGGAGGAAUGCAUUCACAAGUCCGGCACUGCGCAGGCGUGCGCCCCCCCGGCCUGGCGCAUGCGCAUUGCCGGCGGCGACCCGGGCUCGGCCGGAAACGUCGGCGGUCGGCUCCCAUCGCGGAGGAGAGCAGCCGGGGCCGCGGUUACUGCAAGUGGAGGAUUUGCAUUUGGGAAAUUCAAACCAAUUGUCACCUUGAGAUCUGACAGUGUUGGUUGAUUUAUCAGGACCUGGAUAUUUGACAUUCAAGGUUCUCAUUGCACAGUGUAUUAGAAGGCCAGGAGGCUGACAGCACAGACGACACCAGGAUCUGACUGGGUCUCCCAAUUCGGAGGAUGAAAGGAAAAGCCGCUCACCGUGGCAGGAAACCGUGGCGGUGCGGAGAUUGCGGAGAGGGUUUCCAAUCCCCCUCCGCCCUUGAAAUUCACCGGCGGGUCCACACCGGGGAGAGACCAUUCGCUUGUUCUGUGUGUGGGAAGGGAUUCCCCCGGUCAUCUCACCUGCUGAGGCACCAGCGGCUCCACACGGGGGAGAGACCGUUCGCUUGCCAAGGCUGUGGGAAGUCCUUCAAAUGCUCCAGGGAGCUGAUAUCUCAUCAAAUUCUUCACACUGACGAGAGACCGUUCAGGUGCUCCGACUGCGAGACUGGGUUCAGGCGAUCCUCCGACCUCACCAAGCACCAGCGGGUUCACACCGGGGAGAGGCCGUUCUCCUGCUCCGAGUGCGGCAAGGGGUUCACUCAGUCGUCGGCCCUGCUGCAACACCAGCGGGUUCACACCGGGGAGAGGCCGUUCUCCUGCGCCGAGUGCGGGAAGGGCUUCACUGCCUCCUCUGCCCUGCUGAGGCACCAGCAGGUUCACACCGGGGAGAGGCUGUUCACCUGCUCCGUGUGUGGGAAGGGAUUCACCCAGUCGUACAACCUGCUGAGACACCAGCAAGUUCACGAGUAGCUCCAGGGAUGGGAUGGUGCUGUUCGGGGUCAGGUGCAGAUCUUGGGGCUAAAGGGAUCGAAGGAUGCGUGGAGAAAGUGGGACACAGGAUACUGAGAUGGCUGAUCAGACAUCAACAUAUUGAACGAUGGAGAAGACCCAGAGGGCUGAAUGACCUACUGCUCCCAUUUCUUCCUGUUUUACCCAUGUCAAUCAUAAACACUUUGAAUUAAAUGCAAGAAAUGGUCCAACAACUGACGGUUCCAGCAAACUCUGAACCGUAUCGUAUGACGGUGUGAGAUUCUCUCCUCUCUUCACAAAUCCGUGCUGCUGAAAUCUGAUGACACAAAGAGUGGAAAAGGAGAAGGUGAUGGAUUGGAAAACCCUUGAUGCUUUGCCUCACAGAUUCAGACUGACCACACUUAGUAAGGUACCUGCUUGGUUAAAGGUUGGUCAAAGAGGCGUAGGGCCCAUAUGGGAAAUUGCCCAAGUAUAUGUUGCCCGUAAAAAGCAGGAUAAAUCCGACCCGGCCAAUUACUGCCCCAUCAAUGAACACUAAAGUAAUGGAAGCUGUCAUCAACAGUGCUAUCAAGCAGCAUAUGCUCAGUAAUAAUCUGCUCACUGACACCCAAUUUCGGUUUCUCCAGGUCACUUAACCC